UCGCACCGGGGCCCCAGCCAGCCUCGGAGGAGACUCGCGCGCGCGUGCGUCCUCGCUUCGGUCAGUGUCUGAGAACUCGGAGGUGAGAGCGUCUAAGAGGCGCCAUGUUCCUCACCGCUGUCCUCCUCCGCGGCCGCAUUCCGGGCCGGCAGUGGAUCGGGAAGCACCGGCGGCCACGGAACGUGUCUUCCCAGAUGAAGGCGAACAUGCUGCGUCGCCUGGAGGUGGAGGCCGAGAACCACUACUGGCUGAGCAUGCCCUACAUGACGGCGGAGCAGGAGUACGGUCACGCCGCGCAGCGCCGGGCGCAGGCGUUCGAGGCCAUCAAGGCGGCCGCCACUUCCAGAUUCCCCGAGCAUAGAUAUGUCGCCGACCAGCUAGGCCAUCUCAACGUCACCAAGAAAUGGUCCUGACCUGGAGUCAUCACCUUUGCGCUCAUGGAGACGAGACUGUUGUGUACUUUGCUGGCCCCGGAGCUGAAGGAAAAUGUAUUUAUGUAACCUUCGACCAGAAUAUUAUUAAAGCAAACGUGAUUAAUAGUUGUUUCCUCUAGGAUAUUUGGGACUCUCCCUAAGCACUGGCUCACGCCUGUGACCCUCACACCCAGGAGGAAGAGGGAGAGAAAUCUCUGCUGGUGUGCUCAGACCCAGCCUCAGAAAGCCAAGAAAAGAAUAUUUGGGGCUCUAACCUGGCUAUCUGUGCGUAAUUUCUGAUCAAUUUCAGUUGUGGUUUGUUUGUUUCCUGACCUCAAAAAGGUAGCCUUGCCUGUCUCCAGGUGCUGGAAUGAAAGGCAUUGGCUCCCUGCCCUACUGUGAAAUGUGGUGUUUUAUUUAUUUUGGAGCCAGGUCUCCCUGUGUAUUGAACUCACGAGAUCCGCUGGCCUCCACCUCCUAACGCUGGGGUCAGCGGCUCCCCUUCGCACCUUGAGCCUUUUUUUUAAAUGCUGUUCUGUUAUAAAACUAACUUGAGGAGUCUAAUCUGAGACACUUGUCUAGGACUUUGUUGUACGAGUUUUGUUAGUUUCUGUCUAGAACAGCACCUAUGUGUGGGGAGCAACUCCGUCGGUGGGGGAUGGGAUAUGUUGAACACUAUUUCACAGGAGUCCCCUAAGACUAUCAAAAAACAUUUACGAUUCAUAACAGCAGCAAAAUUACAGCUAUAAACGUGCAAUGAAAACAUUUUAUGGUUGGGGUCACAGCAUUAGGAAGUUUGAGGACCACUGGUCUAGAGUGUUUACUCCCCAGCACAAUAAGCUGGGUAUGGUGGAGCAUACCUGGAAUCCCAGCAUUCUGGAGAUGGAGGCAGAUCAGAAGGACAAGGUCAUAGCCCACUGUGGAGCAAGGUUGAGGCCAGCCUGAGAUACAUGAGACCAUUUCGCAAAAGAAAGCAGUAUUUUCAUCCAGGAUUUGAGCACCGUGAGCGGACGUGUGAAGUGAAAAACGUUAAAGUCAGGCGGUGGUGGCGCACGCCUUUAAUCCCAGCACUCAGGAGGCAGAGGCGGGCGGAUCUCUGUGAGUUCGAGACCAGCCUGGUCUACAGAGUGAGCUCCAGGACAGCCAAGGUUAGACACAGAGAAACCCUAUCUCAAAAAACAAAAACCAACAACAAAAAUGUUUAUUGAAACUAUUAACAGGAAAGUUUCUGGUUUUUCUUGAGCACAUCUCCUAUGUUGCCCAUGCUGGCCUGGAACUCCUGUCCAUACUAAAUGGAGAUAGAUGGAGUACAAGAUUUUUUGUUUUGUUAAAACAAGAACGCACACAGCUUUUUUUGAACUAGGUCUUGCCAUGCUGCUCAGGUUGUUGAACUUCUGGACUAAAUUGAUCCUGACUCAGUCUCCCGGGUAGCUCGCCGGGUCUACAAAUGCACAGCA